AUUUCAGUUUUAAGACCAAUUAACUGUUUAUUCACAAAACAAGUAUAUAUAAAAGCAGGAAGAAGAAACAUUUUUCUUCUUUAGCUGUCUACUACUUCCACCAGCUCCUUUUAACUCUUCUUCUAUAUUAUUUCGCAUCUCCUUCUCUCUAACAAUUCAUCGAUCAAGAGCUGAAAUCAAAUACAGAGAAUUAGAGAUAUAAGAUACAGAAAUGUCCAGGGUAACAGGAUUGCCAGUAACAGCUCGUGGCCGCUUGGCCGUGCUUUCCGCCCACUUAGCCGCUGCAACCAUCGAGCCCUCUGAGCUCGAACCCACUCUCGAGCCACUCUGCCUCUCGGCUCAGGGGGUGGUCCCACCACCCGGGAACCUCAGGGGCCCUUUGACCAUCGUCGACGAGAGGACCGGUAAGAGGUACCAGGUCCAGGUCUCUGAAGAAGGAACCAUCAAAGCCGCUGAUCUCAAGAAGAUCACAACUGGGAAGAAUGACAAGGGGCUAAAGCUAUAUGAUCCUGGAUAUCUUAACACUGCCCCUGUUCGAUCCUCGAUUUGUUAUAUCGAUGGCGAUGAGGGGAUUCUUAGAUAUAGAGGCUACCCAAUUGAGGAACUGGCUGAGCGUAGUACCUUUUUGGAAGUGGCCUAUCUCUUGAUGUAUGGGAAUUUGCCUUCUGAAAGUCAAUUAGCAGAUUGGGAAUUCGCCGUUUCUCAGCAUUCAGCUGUACCACAGGGAAUUUUGGAUAUUAUACAGGCAAUACCUCAUGAUGCACAUCCAAUGGGUGUACUUGUUAGUGCAAUGAGUGCGCUUUCCGUGUUUCAUCCUGAUGCUAAUCCUGCUCUCCGAGGGCAAGACGUUUACAAGUCGAAACAAGUGAGAGACAAGCAAAUAGCACGCAUCCUUGGGAAGGCCCCAACCAUUGCAGCAGCAGCUUAUUUGAGAUUGGCUGGAAGACCUGCCGUUCUCCCUGCUAACAACCUUUCUUAUGCAGAGAACUUCUUAUACAUGCUAGAUUCCUUAGGCAAUAGAUCUUACAAACCCAAUCCUAGACUGGCUCGAGUGGUAGAUGUUCUCUUCAUACUGCAUGCAGAGCAUGAGAUGAAUUGCUCAACAGCUGCUGCCCGGCAUCUGGCAUCAAGUGGUGUGGAUGUUUACACUGCUCUUGCUGGAGCUACUGGAGCCCUCUAUGGCCCUCUUCAUGGUGGAGCAAAUGAGGCUGUGCUUAAGAUGUUAAAUGAGAUUGGAACUGUUGAGAACAUUCCAGAGUUCAUAGAGGGUGUGAAGAACAGGAAGCGAAAGAUGUCAGGUUUUGGGCAUCGUGUGUACAAAAACUAUGAUCCCAGAGCAAAGGUCAUAAGGAAAUUGGCAGAUGAAGUGUUUUCCAUUGUUGGAAGGGAUCCUCUGAUUGAGGUAGCUGUUGCUUUGGAAAAGGCUGCACUGUCUGAUGAGUAUUUUGUUAAGAGAAAGCUUUAUCCAAAUGUUGAUUUCUACUCUGGGUUAAUUUAUAGGGCAAUGGGAUUUCCGACGGAGUUCUUCCCGGUUUUGUUCGCAAUCCCUAGAAUGGCUGGGUGGUUGGCACACUGGCGGGAAUCCCUUGAUGAUCCUGAUACUAAGAUAAUGAGACCCCAACAGGUGUACACUGGAAACUGGCUGCGGCACUAUAUACCACCAAGAGAACGGAUAGUAACAAGUGAUUCAGACAAGCUUUCUCAGGUUUCUGUUUCAAAUGCCUCUAGGCGUCGGCUGGCUGGAUCUGGAGUUUAGUCCUCAUUCAGAAACGUGUGGAAUAUCACAGGAAACGAAAAUAAAUUUCAUAAGAAACUAUAGGGAGAAAGAAGUAUCUUUUUGUCUUUCUGCAUAAAUUAUUCCUUCAGCAAAGGCAGAGGAACUGGAGGCUUUUUAGGUUAGGUAUUAUUUGGUGUUAAUAAGAACACUUUGGUGUCUAUUCUAUGUAUUCCGAAAUUUCCUGUCACUGUCAUCUGGAUUGAUUUUAUUUCUCUUCUUCUUAGCUUAUUAGUACCUCCAGUGAAUAUAUGUAGUUCCGUCGUA